UAGUACUGUAGCCAAUCCCCUGUCCCCAUUCUAUGAUGGGCGUGUCAUACAUUCAUUGCCCAGAAGCCGAAGCUAACUCGGAUAAACAACUAACUUAGCUUGCCAGCUAGCUAGUUAGCAACUUCUGACAUGGCGUCGUUAACGGCGACAGAACAAGCGACAUGCCCGGGUGCAAUACCAGCAGUAGAAUCCAUAGUGCCCGCUUGCAUGUUUGCACCGGACCAAGGAUGUGCCGACGAUCCAUGCAGCGUAGAGGGCUUUGAAGACGGCGAGUGUCCAAACGGCGAGUCCGCGGAUCAUUUAGACUUGAGCAGCAAGCUGGUCCUAGUGAGUCCAACAGGGCAACAGUAUGAUUCAUUACUACGACAUCUGAGGGAGCAGAUAGAUGAGGGCUGCGGAGAGACAAUAUUUGUGGUUGGGAUGGGCUCAGAUGGGGGUGACUACGGUCUGGAUGACAAAGACAUGGAAGCGUCGGUCGCCACGGUGCGGUCGCUGUGCGAACAGAUAGAGGCUGACCUGAUCUUGCUGAGGGAGCGGACAGACACUGGCGGAAAGAUUCAGGACUACCUCAUCCGCCGGCGUGUGGGCGAGCAGGAUUUCCUGGAAGUCAGAGUGGCGGUGGUAGGGAAUGUGGACGCGGGGAAGAGCACUCUGCUGGGGGUUUUGACCCAUGGUGAGCUGGACAAUGGCAGAGGCUUUGCUCGCCAGAAGCUCUUUAGACACAAACAUGAAAUGGAGAGUGGCAGGACCAGCAGUGUGGGCAAUGAUAUCCUGGGUUUUGACCAGGAGGGACAGGUGGUGAACAAGCCAGACAGCCACGGUGGCAGCCUAGACUGGACCAAGAUCUGUGAGAAAUCCUCAAAAGUGAUCACCUUUAUUGACCUGGCUGGCCAUGAGAAGUACCUCAAGACCACUGUGUUCGGCAUGACGGGACACCUGCCGGAUUUCUGCAUGCUCAUGGUCGGCAGUAACGCUGGCAUCGUUGGCAUGACCAAAGAGCAUCUGGGUCUGGCUCUGGCCCUAAAUGUGCCAGUGUUUGUAGUGGUUACUAAGAUAGACAUGUGUCCGGCCAACAUCCUGCAAGAGACGCUAAAAUUAUUGCAGAGGUUAUUAAAGUCCCAAGGCUGCAGGAAAAUCCCCGUGCUGGUCCAGAACAAGGAUGAUGUCAUCGUCACAGCCUCCAACUUCAGCUCUGAGAGGAUGUGUCCAAUUUUUCAAAUCUCAAAUGUGACGGGGGAGAACAUGGAUCUGCUGAAGAUGUUCCUCAACCUCCUCUCUUCUCGGACCAACUUCAACAACGACGAGCCAGCCGAGUUCCAAAUAGACGACACAUACUCUGUACCGGGGGUGGGCACCGUAGUUUCAGGAACUACGUUACGUGGAAUGAUACGCCUCAACGACACACUGCUCUUAGGCCCAGACCCGCUGGGCACCUUCAUCCCCAUAGCAGUCAAAUCCAUCCACCGCAAGAGGAUGCCUGUCAAAGAGGUUCGCGGUGGACAGACGGCAUCGUUUGCACUCAAAAAGAUCAAACGUUCAUAUAUAAGGAAAGGCAUGGUGAUGGUUUCCCCAAAGUUGAUGCCACAGGCCACCUGGGAGUUUGAGGCGGAGAUUUUGGUGCUGCAUCACCCCACCACGAUAUCCCCAAGAUACCAGGCCAUGGUCCACUGUGGCAGCAUCAGGCAGACCGCCACCAUCCUGACCAUGAACAAAGACUGUCUGCGGACAGGGGACAAGGCCACAGUCCACUUCCGCUUCAUUAAGACUCCCGAGUACCUGCACUGUGACCACAAACUGGUGUUCAGGGAAGGACGCACCAAAGCUGUGGGCACCAUCACCAAGCUUCUCCAAGCAGUGAACACCCAGGCAGCGAAGGCCCAGCAGGCCAAGAUGCAGGCCAGUAAGAAGACUUUUAAAGAGGGCACGGCAGCCAAUGAAGAGGCUGGAUCAACAGCACGACCGCCCAGUCCUAACACAGCACAGCUACCAACAGUGGCAGAGGAGGAGGCGUUGUGUAAAGAUGGCAACAAAGAGAACAAGCUCAAGUCGGGAAGCGGAGGACGCAGGAGAGGCGGUCAGAGACAUCGAGGGAAAGGCCUGAGCGCUGAAACAAUCUCCACAGCCGUGCCCGCAGGAGCGGCCGGCACAGCCUAAUAAACCCAUCCCAUCUCAUCUCUUUGUGCAGGGAGGGAAAGUGGCUGCAUGGCUCUCCGGUUGGUUGCGUACUGAAUGCACAUGUUUCUUUAGUACGAAAUGACAAUUUUCAUCAUGAAAGAGUGAAUUAUUUUCCACAUCAAGUCCAUUUAAAAGCUUUAUUGGUGUAAUUAGUUGAUGGGCUGGUGAAGAUGAUAAUGAGUUUUUAUUUAGUUUGAGUUCAUUGCAGUUAGAUUUCAUUAUAUAACCCUUUCUAUUUUACUGCAGACGUUCUGGGGGGUGUUCCAACUUGUUUGUAGUUCAUCAGAACUUUUCGCUUAUGGCAUUAACUGUUUUCCUCAGCCAGCAGAGGCGUCAGUCACUUUCCCUGCCUGAACGUUCUCCACACUCUUCUUUUUGACACUUUACAUAUGUUCUUUUCCUUUUUCGUCAUCAUCUCGUGUUCACCUCCACCUAACUUUUCAAGAACGCACCUUUUUUUUCCGGACGGCACCAGGGUUGGCGUCUACGUACUGCCACGUCAGUCACACUAGGAAGUAGACUGUGUUGAGUAGUUGGAAAAACUGCAUUUAUUUUUUUCUUAUACAAAGCUCCGCCCCAUUGGCAAUUUGAAUUCACAUUGGGAAUUGACUGAACUGAAAUGGAAUUGAUGCCAACCUUAGGUGUAUUCAUGUCUGUGACAUAAAGCAAACACUUUGCUACGGGGCAGAAAACAAAAUCACAUGAGCUGGAUGCUCGUUAACCUUCAUGUUGUCUUUGGGUCAAAUUUGACCUGUUUUUAACGUUUCUGUAGCAGAAAUUUUGAUUUCUUUCAACCAAACGGAUGGUUCCAUGAAACGCUAAGGAUCAGUUCACUACUUUUGGGUGUUUUAUUAAAUUUUAUAGCAUUAUUCUGACUAAACUUUGACAGUCUGUGAUUAUCCAUCAACAUCCUCUGAUCUUAAAUAUUAGUCAAAUAAUUCAUACUUUCUGAACUCAAAAGUUAGAUAUAAUUGUAUAGGCUAUAAAAGGUUUAGUGACCAAUUCCAAUAAUAGUGGUUAUAAAAGGGGAAAAAGUGCCAAAAACGUCGAACAAUGCUACAAAAACGUUAAACAAAAACGUUAAAAAAAAAGAGCAAAAUAAGUGACAAAAACAUCAAAGAUGUAAAAAAAAUAAUAAUUAAUUUCAAUUUUGACCCGGAAGGACAGCACAAGGGUUAGAGUGUGUAGUUUUAUGUCGGUUCACCCCGCUGUUCUGUUGGGUUGGUAGCUAAAAUUGUCCUCUGGAACUCAACCGUCUGAAGAUUUGCUUUCCUUGCGUAACAGUGGUAAACGGUUUGGUGAAAUUUUGUUGCCAUGCGACAGAAAAGUUAUUGUCCUAUCCUGGACCACUGGAUACUACACUGUUCACAAGCCAUCGGCUGUCAUAGCGUUAUGUCACAUCUUGUCGAUAAAGAGCAAAAAGUCUCUUGUCCAUUUGAUCUUCCCUAGCAUACAUUUGAUCUUACCAUAGAAAGGUCAUUUUAUCAUUGUUGAGCCGCUGUUUGAACCAAUGUUGCAGUUCAUGCUAAGAGAGAAGCCCGACAUGCCCUUGGCUCCCCCCCCCAAAAGUAAUGUCAACCGUCAUAGUGGCUUUGUCAUGUGUUAAGUUGGCGCAAGUCAUUGUGAAGUCAUCUACUCAGUUUGCUGGGAUAUACCUUCCAUUUUGAUGCAGUCUGAUACCCAAAAAUCCAGAAGUUGAUUCUCCCAAGCACAACAAUUAUUCAUUCUGCAGCGGUGUGUCACACCUUAAAUGUAAAAAAAAAUAAAAAAUAAAAAAAAAUAUAUAAAGGAAGCCAAGUAAGAACAUAUUAAAAAUGUACUAAACAUGUUACUGUGACUUUGAGUGUCUGCACAUCACUUCUUUGUACUCGUAUGAAUCAGAAUGUGGCCGCAAAACAAAUAAUUUCAAGUUUCAAGGGUCAAAUCCACAAAUGUGUGUCAGACAGGAAGUCAAUGUUUUCAUGUGAUCUGAGAAAAUGAACAUAUUUUAUGAUUCGGUUUUUACUCUACAGUAGUCUUACCAGCCAAAUUAACCAUGGGACAGAAACAGUGUGAUAUUUUUUUGUGACUGGUCUAAACACAGCAGCCGAUAGUGUCCCUAGUUCCAAGUCAUCAACGGACCGCUACAACAUUUUUGUCUGUAUCCCGCUGGUUUUAUCAAGUUGUUCGAAUGGUCCUCUUCCCAGUUUUAAAUUAACGAAAUAGUCUUAUCGGGUGUCACAGUUUGAGGUAUUUUAUUUUUUUUUUUUCUUCUUCCAAUGCCCCAAUGUUCAUAUACAGUACAUACUAUGAUUUCAUGCUGGUCAGUCUGCUCUGAGAGUCUUUUGGGCCACUGAAUUACCCAUUUUAUAAAGAUCACAACCAAACUGAACUGCCAGAAUCUUAGACCUUACCAAUUUCAUUUUGAAGGGACACGUGUCUAUUGUAUGUACAAAAAAUACAAUGUUGUGAAGAAGAACCAAGGAUUAAAAAAAAAAAAAAAAA